AUGCGGCAGCCUGCGCUGAGCAGAGGAAGCAGCAGCAGCAGCAGCUGCAGCAGCAGCAGCGAGCCGACGCUGUCGGCAGCAGCCGCAGCAGUAGCAGCAGCAGCCGCAUCAGCAGCAGCAGAUGCCUGCUUCUGGAAGAGCUCUGAAGGAACUUCUGGACGGGAGCGGCUCAACGAGCUGCAGCCUGUGCUGCAGCAACCAUAG